CAGUUAGCUGGCUGCGGCUAACACGAACAGGAGUGUGUGUGUGGGAGUGCGUGUGUGUGUGUGUGUCCCGGUGUGAAGAUGUUACCUUUGUCAAUUAAAGACGACGAGUACAAACCCGCCAAACUCAACCUGCUGGUGAAGCUCUCAGGAUGGUUCAGGUCGAUACUCGCAGACAAAACCUCAAGGAACCUUUUUUUCUUCCUGUGUUUGAAUCUUUCCUUCGCGUUCGUGGAGUUGACCUACGGCAUCUGGAGUAACAGUUUAGGUCUCAUCUCAGACUCCUUCCAUAUGUUCUUCGACUGCACCGCCCUGCUGGCAGGUCUGGCUGCUUCAGUCAUCUCCAGGUGGAGGUCCAAUGACAGCUUCUCCUACGGCUACGUACGAGCAGAAGUUCUGGCCGGAUUUGUCAACGGACUCUUCCUCAUCUUCACAGCCUUCUUCAUCUUCUCUGAGGGAGUGGAGAGAGCACUGGAGCCUCCAGACGUCCACCACGAGCGCCUGCUUCCAGUGUCUGUCGCCGGCCUGCUGGUCAACCUGGUCGGGAUCUUUGUGUUCCAGCACGGCGGACACGGACACUCGCACGGAGACGAAGGUCACGGUCACAGCCACUCUCUUUUUAACGGCAGCGUGAAUCACGGUCAUAGUCACCAGAGCAAACUGGGACACGGACACAGCCACGACAGUCAUGGAGGACAUGGACACAGUCAUGAUGGACACGGGGGACACGGUCAUGGAGGACACGGACAUGGUCAUGAUGGACACGGUCACGGAGGACACGGUCACAGCCAUGAAGAUGACCAUCAUCACACACCUGGGAAAGGCUCCAGUAAACAGAUCCUGCAGGGAGUUCUACUACACAUCAUCGCAGACACACUCGGCAGCAUCGGCGUCAUCAUCUCAGCCCUGCUGAUGCAGAACUACGACCUGAUGAUCGCAGACCCCAUCUGCUCCAUGCUGAUCGCCCUGCUCAUCGGAGUCAGCGUGGUGCCUCUCCUGCGCGAGUCCAUCGGGAUCCUGAUGCAGCGGACGCCUCCCUCGCUGGACCACGCGCUGCCAGAGUGCUACCAAAGAGUGCAGCAGCUGCAAGGUGUGUACAACCUGCAGGAGCCCCACUUCUGGACACUGUGCACGGACGUUUAUAUCGGAACCUUAAAGCUGCUGGUCGCACCAGACGCCGACACCCGCUGGAUCCUCAGCCAGACGCACCACAUCUUCACACAGGCGGGAGUCCGACAGUUGUACGUUCAGAUCGACACGGCCGCCAUGUAGAAGCCCCCCUCCGCCCCCCUCUUGAACUCUGGGACCAAUCACUCGUCGGCUGCUACCGCCAUUUGACCUGUGUGAACUGUGACUCUGGGGUCACUGCGGGACAGGUCGGGGGAGGGCAGAUGAGAACUGAUGAACUCACACAGCCCCUCCCCUUUUUGUAUUUUUAACCCGUCCGGGGCGGUGCCGGGCCUCGACCCUCCCAACCCGCACCUUUUCUUUUAGAGCAUUCUGGGUAAGUGCCUUCAUCAUAAUGAGAGACGAUCUCGGCUGAUUGGUCCGUGUGACGUCGCUGUUCUCAUGUGCCAAACCAUGUGACCCGACCAUGUGACCACUCAGUCUUUUUUCAAGUGUAAUAAACAUUUCUGUUUCUGUGAA